UACAUUAGUAAUGAUAAAAUAACAUUUACGUUAGGCGUUAACCCAAACGAAAUUUGUUAAAAUAGCUUAAUUUUUUUUCAAGUCAUCCCUACGAUUUGCUAUUAAAAUUAUUUAACUAUGAGUUCAGAAAAACUCGAUUAUCCUAAAGCAUCAAGUUUAUUCCUGUGUUUAAUAGAAGAGACAAAAUUAAUUAGUGAUGCUGGCGUUAUUGUUUACAUUGGAGGAUUUUUCUUAGUAAUUGCCUUUCUGAGCCCAUAUUGGAUAGAAUCAUAUGAUGAAGCUUUUAUAAAUUUUAAACACAUGGGUUUAUGGACUUAUUGUUUUGAUCAUUUUCGUUUUCCUCGUUAUCAAUUUGAUAAAUUGUUCGAUGGAUGUAACAAUGUAUUUAGUGAAGAAUAUUAUGUAAUCCGAGAAUGGCUUUUACCAGGUUGGCUAUUAUUUUUGGAAUUAUGCAUGACAUUGGCUUUAAUUCUAACUCUUGGAACAUUGGUAAUGAUAGCUGCAAUUUUGACUCGUUUUCCUCUACGUCUUGUUUUAAAAUAUGAAUAUUUUCUUUCUGGGGCUUGUUUUUUGGCUACUACAAUUUCAGCAUUCUUAAUAUUUUUGAGUGUUUUAAUAUUUCCAUUUAAUUGUUGGAGACGUGAUUGGUUGAUGUAUCCUAUGUUUAACCAUUUGUCUUGGUCAUUUUAUGCUGCAAUUGUAUCAGCAUUACUUCAUACAUAUGGUGCUUGGUAUUUAUAUAAGGAAGCCCGCAUUUCUUAUGAAAAAAGGAGAGAGAGUAAAAAUUUAGUUAUGCAAAUGUAUCCACCACAUGAACGUAACUUUUAUGAACAAUAAUAUAAGAAUAUCAGAUAUAGAAUUUUUUAUUAAGUGUACAUAAAUAAAUGGUAUAUAUUUAAUUUAUUGAAUUUCAAUUGAAUAACAACCAAUAUUUUUGUAUUAAAUUUCACUUUAUAUUAUAAAAUUAAGUGUUUGACAACUGACUGUAAAUGUAAACUAUCCGUCCAUUUACUAACUUUUUACUAGUAUAUUAAUAUUAUAAUAUUAAACAUAAUUUUUUUAUUAUUAUAUUUUAGAUGUAUUCAUUUAUAUUUAAAAAAAUUUUAAGUAAAAAUAAUUAUCUUGAGUACACGAUGAGUCAUGUAGAAUUGCACUGAUAGUGCAGAUAGCGAAUCAUAUUUCAAAAUUCAUAAUUUUUAACAUUUUGAUUUAAUUGAACAUUGUAUAUUAUUACAUAAAUAUAUAAGUUACUUAUUUGGA